GGGCUACAGGAGGCAGCUGAUCAAUGAUUCUCUCUCAUCGUUGAUGUUUCUAUCUCUCCCUCUCCCUUCCUCUCUGAAAUCAGUAAAAAUAUAUUUUAAAAACAAGAAGAAGAAAAAAGAGACACACAUAAUUCAACAGGGUCGCCCAGAGCCAGCCAGGCAGAAACACAGCAGGACAAACCCAAAGGAGCUUUUUCUCCACACACUCCACCUACCGGGACUGUGAUACCAGCUGCUCACCCUGAACCCCACCCUAGGCCCCGGGGCAGCUGCUGCCCAUUCCUUUGAUCAGGAGAAAAGGGGAACCUGGCAAAGGAGAGACAUAGGAGGUGGCCUUGGCCAGGCACCUGACCGAAGCUGUGGAGCAGGAGGAGCCGCGGACCAUCCGCCUGUGCACUGAGCAAGGGCCCGCUGCGUGGCAGGCGGCUUCUGGGCAGGGAGGGGGCAGAGAUGGAAGCCUGCCCACGCCAGGCCCUAUGCAGUGGGCACAGCAUGGGAGCAGUCGUGGCCAGGAAUGGGGGCCAUGGCGGGGAGCAGGCCUGAAGUGGGAGAUACAGCUGACAAGCUAGUGCCCACAGGGCUUGGAGGACAGGUGGGGAGGCAGGUUCAAGUAUCCAGAGACGCAGAAGGGAUGUCCAGGGAGCAGGGGACGCAGAGGGCUCCACUCAGGAGUGGCAUCGGGGCUGGAGCCGUGCAGAGAUGGCACUGCCACAUGAGGUCGUCCUGAUGCGGACCCGAGGAGCAGGGGUGCUGGAGCAGGUGGCUGCGAUGACAGAGAGGGAGACACCCUCUUCCCCCCUCCCUCCCAGCCGUGGAGGGGGGACCAGCAGGCCUGAGGCCUCUCCAUCUGUGUCUCCAGAGCUCCUGCACGUGACUAACCUCCGUGUGAACUUCUCCAAACUGCACACCCUUGGUGACAGGCCCCCGGGGGGCCUCAGGGGACACCCCUUCUACUAUGCCCUCUAUGAGCUCGCGGCCGGAGGCAGCUGCCUGUGCCACGGCCAUGCCUCUGAGUGCAGGCCUGCACCCGGGGCCCCAGCCAACGCAGAAGGCAUGGUGCAUGGCCUUUGUGUCUGCUGCCAUCACACAGCUGGUGCCCACUGUGAGCGCUGCCAGGACCUGUACCAGGACCACCCAUGGCACGCCGCCGAGCCUGGGCACCCCCACUCCUGCCAGGAAUGCGAGUGCCAUGGGCACACCCGCAGCUGCCACUUUAACAUGGCCCUGUACCUGGCAUCUGGCAACGUGAGUGGAGGCGUGUGCGACGCGUGUCAGCACAACACUGCUGGGCGCCGCUGAGAGCUCUGCCGGCCCUUCUUCCACCGGGACCCCCAGGCAGACCCCUGCUCCCUUCACUCCUGCAAACCCUGUGACUGUGACCCCGUGGGUGCCCUGGAGGGCGGCUUGUGUGACGCCCACACAGAUGAGACCCGGGGCCUUCUCUCUGGGCAGUCCUGCAAAGCCAACGUCUGGGGCCGGCACUGUGACUCCUGCCGGCCCGGACACUAUGGCCUGAGCCUUCCCCCGUCAGAGGGCUGCCAGCCCUGCAGGUGUGACCCCCCCGGGCGGGGCCCUGGCACGCAGGCCUGCGACCCCUCCAGCGGGGCCUGCCACUGCAAGCGCUUUGUCUUGGGACGGGACUGCGGCUGUUGCCAGCCCGAGUUCUGGGGUCUGAGCAGUGACGCUCUAGGCUGCCGGCCCUGUGACUGUGACUUUGGGGAUGCCUACAGCAACAGGUACUCGGGAGGGCCUCUGCCUGUGCCGCCCCCAUCUCCGCGGCCGCCGCUGCCAGGAGCCCCAGUCUGGGUACUUUUCGCUGCCCUCGACCAGGCUGUCGCCGAAGCCGAGCUCGGCCAGGGCCUCCAGCCAGCUGACCCUUGGCUGCCUCCUCAGGGGCCUCCCCAGGCCGACUCCUGUCCAGACUGCAGAGACAGCGUGACCCUCGGUGCACCCUGCAGCCUGACGGGCGAGCCCGCUCCCACUGCCAGCUGCCCAGAGGGAGGAGUCUGCGGAGCAGGACUGGCAGGCAUUAGUCAGGGUCCGCGCCCAGUCUCUGCCCAGCAGCACUUGCUGUGCCCACCCACUGCCCCCAGAGCAGCUGUUCCAGGCCACCCGACCCACACACACAGAGCUGUGGUUCUACCUAGACCUUUCUGCUUUGAGCCGGGCACACGCUCCUCCGUGACCCUGCGGCUAUGGCGGACCAAAGGGGUGCGAAAGCCUGAGGGGGGCAUCAUCCUUCUGGAUUCGGGUGAGGGAGCUGCCUGGGCUGCGACUGGUGGACCCUGGGGCCGUAGGGCGCCUGCAGGAGCUCCACGCGGCCGGCUGCCUGGAGGCCGCGAGGACAGGCCGCUCCAGCUCUGGCCUUCGACCUGCGCCCGCCUCGCGUGCAGCAUCUCGGCCCUGCUCCCAUGUGAGUGCCACCCCCAGGGCUCCCUGAGUGCCAAGUGUGCCCUGCUGGGCGGGCAGUGCCGCUGCCGUCCUAACGUCACCGGCCGGACCUGUGACCGCUGCGUGCCUGGAACCUACGGCUUCGGCCCUGGCGGCUGCAGAGAGUGUGGCUGCCACUCCAAGGGCGCCACCAGCGCCGCCUGUGACCCGAGGAGCGGGCAGUGCCCCUGCCGGGCAGGCCUGGCUGGUCGCCGCUGUGACCGCUGCCUCCGGGGCCGCUGGGGCUUCCGCUGCCAGCCCUGUGCCUGCAAUGGGCACACUGAGACGUGCCACCUGCUGACCGGCGCCUGCCAGGUGUGCCUUGGAGCCACGGCAGGCUGGCACUGUGAGAGGUGAGUGCUGCCGGGAGCGUGGGGAGGGGCCGGGAGGAGCGGCCAGGCCACCAUUUGCUGCUGCCCCCAAGUGCCUGGACGGUACUAUGGAGGCCCCGCCCUGGGCUCAGGCCAGCGGUGCCAGCCCUGCCUCUGCCCCGGGCGCCCUGGCUCUGGCUUCUAUCACGGACGUCCUGCCAUGUGGCCAGCACGAGUAGCCGUGUCCUGUGCCUCUGCGGGCCUGGCUACGCAGGUGAGGCGCGGGCGGGCGGCAGGCCCAGGGCCUGCUCACUUGUUCAUAAUCCCGUGAGGCUGGAGGCUGAUCUGUGCCCUGCCACCUGCAGGGUGAGCUGCGGGCUGGGCACCUCCUGCAGGGGUCCCGCGGGGGAGGGAGGGUCCAUGGGAGGAAUUGCAGGCAUGGACUUGUCAGCCAGGAGGCGGGCCUUAAUGCAGCGAGUGUACCCUCCGCCCUCCUGGCUACACCUUGGACUUUCUGGGAAUGAGGGACCCAAAGCCCCCAAGGUGCAGGAAGACACCUGAGGCGACCCACGCGAACCCGCUCUCCAGGGCCCCGCUGUGACUGCUGCGCCUCUGGCUACUUUGGGUGCCCGUGGCCCCCGGAGGACCCCGGGAGGAGCCCGUGCCGGCCCUGCCAGUGCAACAACAACAUCGAUCCCCGCGGCCCGCACAGUGGGCGCUGCCAGCAAUGUCUGCACCACAGCCAUGGCCCCAGCUGUGCCCACUGCCGGCCCGGCUUCCACGGCAGUGCCCUGCGCCCGGGGGGCUGCCGGCGUGAGUGUGUGGUGUGGGGCGAGGGCGGCCCCAGGUGGUGGGCGGGUUCUUCCCUCCGUCCCUGCCAAGGCCGCCCUCUCCCCAGGCUGCCGCUGUGACCCCCGGGGCACCGUCCCCGUGCGGUGCCCGUCCGGGGCCGAGGCCUGCUUCUGCGACCAGGUUAGCGGGCAGUGCCCCUGCCGCCCCCACACUCUGGGGCGGGACUGUAGCCGCUGUGCCCCCCUCUUCUGGAACCUGGGGGGGCCUCGGGGCUGCGAGCCCUGCAGCUGCCAUGCCCAACACACUCUACAGCCGGUGUGCCACCCAGUGAGUGACCCUACAGUAUGUGGCAGUGCCCGGUGUGAGUGUGUGUGUGCCCCCGGCGGUGUUCACGUGACCGCCAGCCCCGGUGUGUGUGCUGCCAGCCGCUGUGUGAGUGUGUGUGUGCCCCCGGCGGUGUUCACGUGACCCCCAGCCCCGGUGUGUGUGCUGCCAGCCGCUGUGUGAGUGUGAUAGUAACUGUGAGCGGGGGUCGGGCCUGGGAGAGCCGCCAUGAGCUGCAUGUGCCCGACCCCGUGGGCACCCUGCUUGGCGAGUGGGUGAGCCACCGUGAGGGGUCAUGGUCCACGGAAUGAGCGUGGGAGGGCGGAGGGGGGAGGUUGGGAAGGAGGCCGAGGGCACAGGACUGAGGCUGCAGCGGAGCAGGAGGUGGGAGUGUGUGUCCGGAGGAGAGAGGCAGCCGCUGACGCGCAAGUGUGAUGAGGCCUCAGUGUGUCCUGCGUCCUCGGGAAGGAGGCGGAGACGGUCACGGGUCAGUGCCCCUGCCGGCCAGGAUUUGGGGGCCGCACGAGCUCCCGGUGUGAGGAUGGGUCCUGGGGUGACCCUGAGCAGGAGUGCAGAGGAAGUGCCUGUGAAGGCAGCAGGGAAAGUGUUGGCAAAACCUCGUGGGGUGCCCGGCCGGCGGGGCUCCGUGGCUGAGCGUCGACCUAGGAACCAGGAGGUCACGGGCCGCCCUCUCCCGGGGCUGCUCCUGGAGGCUGAGUGCUGCCCUGACCUGCUGACCCUGUGUCUCCGCCCCAGCCUGUGCCUGCGACCCUCAGGGCUCCCUCUUGCCCGCUGCGACCCCUACACAGGGGCCUGCCUCUGCAGAGAGGGCGUCUCCGGGCCGAGCUGCCAGGCGUGUGCCCGUGGCUCCCGAGGUGCCUUCCCACACUGCUUGCCCUGCCCGGCCUGUUUCACCUCCUGGGACCAGCGCCUGGCUCUGCUCCGGCUGCGGCUGGAGGCUGUGGCCCAGGAGGCGGCUGCCCUACGCCAGGGGGCGCCUGGCUGGGGUGCUAGGGGUCUGGGCGGACCCCAGCAGGCCCUGGAGCGGGUCCUCCAGCUGGCACAGACGCUCCUGGAAUCUCCUGUACCCGCGGCGGGGGCCCUGUGGCCGCUGACAGUGUGCACGGCUGGACU